UUAGUCGGGUUUCUGCGCUUGCUGGAGAAGGGUGUGCAUCUUUGUCCAUCCGCGUUUUCGAUCACAUUAACUUAGGCUCAUAUAUUUAUUACUUAAAAACUUCGCUAUAAGUUUUAUUCAAUUGUAGGUUUAAUUAAUAUUAUUUAUAAAUGUGUUUUUAGUUUUGGUUUAGUGUGUUUCAUCUAUAUUAGUGUGUUAAAUAAUUUAACGAGUCAUUCCAAGCCAUGGCUAAAACAGAGAAAUCGUUCCCAAGGAAUUUUACAGGUUGCCUAACAUGCGUGCAAGUACUAAACCUAAUGGUGCUCCUCGGGUUCAUGCUGAACUACGCACUCCGCGUCAACCUGACCAUUGCGAUCGUCGAGAUGAUCUUUGACGAUAAAGAUGUCCAAGUUGCGAACCUUACAGACUCUUUGAAUGUUACUGAGAACUUUCAGCACCCGGAGCACAUUCAACAGACCCGCUACCACUGGGACACGAAACAGAAGAAUCACCUGCUGGGUUCGUUCUUCUGGGGUUAUGUGCUGACCGAGGUGCCGGGUGGGCGACUGGCGGAGGUGAUAGGUGCAAGGCGCGUGUUCGGCUACAGCACACUGCUAGCUAGCAUCCUCACCCUGCUUUCACCAUGGGCAGCUGCUCUUGGCUUCGGCUGGAUAGUUGCACUGCGAGUGCUCCUAGGGUUCCUGCUAGGAGCCACCUGGCCAGCUAUCCUGCCCAUGGCUUCAAAGUGGGUGCCACCGAUGGACAGGUCCAAAUUCAUGUCUAAUAUGAUGGCCUCAUCGCUCGGUGCUGCUCUUACGAUGCCCAUCUGUGGUUUCCUCAUCGCACAUUUUGGUUGGGAAUCUGCAUUCUAUUUCACUGGUAUUAUCGGUGUAAUGUGGUCGGUGGCCUGGUUCGCGGUUGUAUACGACUCGCCAGCUCAGCAUCCGAGGAUCUCGGAACACGAGAGGAAUUACCUUAUGAAGGCAUUACCUCAGGAUAAUAAUAAGGGGCACAACCCAGUACCCUGGCGCAGUCUGCUCUCAUCACCGGCUGUAUGGGCGAUCGUCAUCACCCACGGAGCUUCAGUGUUCGGUUACUUCACCGUUGUUAACCAACUGCCAACGUAUAUUGAAAGCAUUUUGAAGUACAAUAUUAAACAUAAUGGUCUCCUAUCCUCCCUCCCUUACCUGGGCAAGUAUCUCUGCGCAUUGGCAUCAUCAGUACUAGCUGACUCGUUGCGAAGAACCGGCAGAUUGUCUACUACAACAGCAAGGAAACUGUUCACAGGCGUCGCUGUUGGGUUGCCUGGUAUACUAAUGAUAGCGCAGGCAUUCUUCGGUCACGACCGCGUGUGGUCGAUCGCGAUAUUCACACUCGCUCUGACGAUCAACGGCGCGGUCACAGCUGGAUAUCUUGGAAAUGGACUCGAUAUUGCGCCUAAUUUUAGUGGAACUAUCUUCGGUAUUGCCAACACGCUAUCUUCAUUCGGCGGCUGGCUGUCAACGUUCAUGGUCGGAGAACUUACCAAACAUCAUAACACAUACGAGCAAUGGCAGAUAGUAUUCUUCAUUCUCGCGGGCACAUACACGGCGGGUGCUCUAAUGUUCACCAUCUUUGGUUCCGGGGAAUUACAAUCUUGGAACUCACCACAAAACGUUCCUAGCAAGGAAGAAGAGCCGCUAAAUGAUAAGGAAAUUAAGGUUUAGGGAGGUAAAAUAAGGGAGGAUUUUAGGAACUGCAGGAUAAGGGUGCUUUUCCACUAAUAAUGUGCGUAAUGUGUUUGUAAGUAACCAAUAGUAUCGCUGCAAACUAAAUGAAGCGAUAUGAUUGUCUCUUUAUUACAAACACAUUCCUCGCUACACAAUCUCACACAUUUUUGGUGCAUAAGCACCCUAAAUGUAAAAAAUAUGCUAGAAGCAUACUAAAUAUAAAAAAUCUGAAAGUGAUUCAUUAAAAUUCGAAAGAAUUUAUUCAAUAGUGAAAAAAUGACACUUCCUUGAGAAGCGAAAUCUUCAAA